CUCCUCUGUGUAUUGCAGUUACGUGUUUUGCAUGCUAAGCUUGCAAGCUUCCCUAAAGGGGCCUUGGUUUUACGCAUGCAGUUGGACUGUGUGAUUGAAAGCGUACUCACACAACCUGAAGCUACUGGAGUUAUUGGUUAAUAUAUUAUACUGCACCACUUCUCAAUAUUGUUCAAGUUGCUUUGUUGCUCAACCUGCUACUCUUAUUUAAUCAGUCAUCAUCUCUGUCACACCUUAACCUUUGACCCAGAUAACAUAAAUUGUGACAGAAAUAUUUAGACAGAAAGUUGUUUGUCUGGCAUUGAUGAACCAUGAAAUUAAUAGCCUUCAAUACAAAAGGUAUUAAUGGAGAGAGAUCUGGCAGAUGGUAACAGAGAAAGAGUGACAGAUGACAUUGAGAUAAGUAAGGCAUUAAAACUUCAACCUUCAAGUUAACCACCCUGAUCCUACACCACUACUUCACAUCACCCAUGCUUUUGCAAGAAUGACUAAACGUCCCUCAUGUAAUGAGGUUCUUUUAUGGAUGGGAGGUUAGCAGUCACCCAAAGAGGAGGUCAGCUGGAAGCAGAGGAUGGGUCAUAUCACAGCACACAGGAUGCAGAGAGAGACCUGCCCCUGUUCACCACAGCACCCCCUUUCAGUAGCCUCGACCACCACCCGCCUUUCAAGCCUUUCCCGCCGUAUGACCCGCGGCGCCAAAGCCACGAGCAGUAUUUUCAUGACAGCGGAGGAUCGUCUCACCAUCCCACAAUGCCAUCCUCUAGAUCACAUCACCCCAGAGAUCUGUCCACUCAGCUGGUCCCACACGAGGACGCUCCUCCGUUCUCUGAUGUAGCGGCUUCUAGACCCACCACACCGGCUCCAUCUGCUGCUGCCCUCACACAGUCAUACAUGACCAACAUCCAGCGUGGACCUUCAGCAGAUACACAAAGAAGAAGCUCGGAUGAGCCUAAUGUGGCAAUGACUCUGGGAUCGCUGACCCCCACAGAUGCGCACCCUUCUUCCAAAAUAUCCUCCAACAUCAAUCCCAAGAAUGCAACUAUCCAGGUGAAAAAUGCCAAAGAUAAAGUACAACAGAUUAUGGUGGAGCAUGAUGCUACAGGAAGUGAUGUCAAAGCAACAUCAGUGUCCGGGGAUUUGGAUGAUGAGACCACCACAUCUACCAUAAUCACAACAACAGUUAUUACAACAAUGCAGACGCCAGCUCCAUGCAGCACCAAUUUCACAGCACCGGGGGGCUACAUAGAGACACCACAGCAUGCCCGCAGCUGGUACAAUACAAAUAUGGACUGCACAUACACCGUGACCGUCUACAUGGGCUAUGGGGUGGAAAUUCAGGUGAUGAAUGUUAGCCUGGUUGAAGGAGACGUGGUCAGGUUCGAAGAUCUGGGUGGCCGCGAGCCUUCAGUUCUGGCUAAUGAGUCUAUCCUGCUGAAAGGUCUGGUGGUCCGCAGCUGGAGCAACCAAAUCGCCAUCCAAUUCCGCAGCCAGCAACCUCAGUCCAGCUUCUUACUGCUGCGUUACCAAGCGUUUGUAUUGAGUUGUAACUUCCCUGAUAGACCGGCUUACGGGGAUGUUUCUGUGACCAGCCUGCAUGCAGGAGGAGAGGCUUACUUCUACUGCUUUAAUGGAUACCAACUGCAGGGUUCCUCCACCCUGAUGUGUCGCAAUGCCACCACACCCUACUGGAAUGGAAAGGUGCCCCGCUGUCUCGUGUCCUGCGGGGGGAUGCUAAAGAAUGCAACUCUCGGUCGCAUCGUGUCCCCUGGUUUCCCUGGCAACUACAGCAACAAUCUGACCUGCCAUUGGAUCCUUGAGGCACCCGAGGGCGAAAGGCUCCACGUGCACUUUGAGAAAGUGGCCCUUGCCGAAGACGAUGACAGGUUCCUCAUCAAAGAUGGAAACCACAUUGAUUCGACUAUACUGUAUGACUCAUACGAAGUGGAAUAUCUGCCGAACGAAGGUAUCGUCAGCACUUCCAGGCAUCUUUUUGUGGAGUUUACGACGGAUGGCAUUGGCACCAACACCGGGGUAGCCAUCAGACAUGAAGCUUUUGCAGCGGGGCACUGUUACGAGCCGUUCGUCAAGUACGGCAACUUCACCGCCACUGACAGCACCUACGCUGUGGAUGCAGUUGUGGAGUUCGCCUGUGACCCGGGCUACACCCUUGAGCAAGGCUCCGUCAUCAUCGAGUGCAUGGAUCCCAGCAACCCGCAAUGGAAUGAGACUGAGCCCGCCUGCAGAGCUGUAUGCAGUGGAGAGAUCACAGAUUCAGCCGGGGUUGUGUUGUCCCCUAACUGGCCUGAAGCCUAUGAUAAGGGCCAGGACUGCAUCUGGGGGAUCCAUGUAGAAGAAGACAAGAGGAUCAUGUUGGACAUCCAAGUUCUCCACUUAGGAAAGAAUGACCUGCUGACCUUCUAUGAUGGUGACGACCUGACUGCAAAGAUAUUGGGCCAGUACAGUGGCUCCCGUCCUCGGUUCAAACUCUACACCUCCAUGGCUGAUGUCACCAUUCAGUUCCAGUCAGACCCUGCAACCAACAUCUACGGCUACAACAACGGAUUUGUGGUGCACUUUUUCGAGGUUCCCCGAAACGACACCUGUCCAGAGCUUCCUGAGAUCUCUAAUGGUUGGAAGACAACAUCUCAUCCUGAUCUGGUGCAUGGCACAGUGGUGACAUAUCAGUGUUACCCGGGCUUUGAGGUGGUGGGCACCGAAAUGCUUAUGUGCCAGUGGGACCUAACCUGGAGUGGAGAUCUGCCCAGCUGUGAAAGAGUUCUGUCAUGUCCAGACCCAGGCACAGUGGAGCACAGUCGCAGGGUGAUGUCAGGGCCGCGUCUCAUCGUUGGCUCUACCGUACAGUACAUCUGUAACAAAGGCUACUCGCUGUCAGGUAACAGCCUCCUCUCCUGCUACCACCGCGACUCCACCGGCCCCAAAUGGAGUGAGAGACUGCCUAAAUGCAUUGCCGAUACGUAUGAGCCAUGUAGGAACCCUGGCAGACCUGCCUACAGCAUCCAGAGCUCAGACAAACAAGUGUAUCAGGCAGGGGAGACUGUACGCUUCUCCUGUCUCAGUGGAUAUGAGCUCCAGGGUGAACCUGCUCUCCGUUGCGUCCCCGGGCACCCAUCCAAAUGGAGCCACGCGCCCCCCGUGUGCAAAGCUCUCCCUUUUCUCCCAGCUGGAACACUGGAGUACAUAAAUGAACGCAGGAUAGAUGUGGCCAGCGCAGACUUUAGUAUUGAGGGAGCAAGUGUGGCUGUUUCCAUCUUCAUCCCAGUGGCCGUAAUCCUUAUUAUCAUCAUGUCAAUAUAUUUCUACUUUUCAAGGGUGCAGGGGAAAUCGCUACGCCUAUCCAUGUCAACAUCACCACAAUAUGAUCACAUCCGAGGAGAGGCUUUCGAAAACCCCACUUAUGAGAAUGCGAGACCUAUGAUUCAAACCAGCCACCAGAAGUACUCUCUAGGAUUCUGUUGUAAAGAAAAAACCUGUAAGGAGAGUUGAUAUUGGAAUAGCAUCACAUGGACAACGCCAUGAAGGAUACGAGAGAAUAUGAAGUCUCCAUUUAAAUAAAUCAAUGGUCAUUUAGCAUGGAGGACCGCAAGCCUUUCUCUGCCUUGUGGAAGAUUUCCUCUCACAUCUUGUGUAGCCACCUCUGCUCUUAAUCUUCCUUCCUUCUCAUCCUUUCCCAUCUGCUGUAAAUACCAUCUUUGCUUCGGAGGACUUUCACAAGCGAAGACUGCGGACAACAUGAUAUUAUUUUUGUAGAGCUUCGAUAGCCAUGGCCUAGCAGAAUUGCUUGUACAGUUUUUACCCGAAACGAGCCAAAUUCAAUAAGUAAUUACAAAUGAAUGAAAACGGGCAAGUUGUGUCAUUAAAGUGAUUAAUGUCCCUCUAAACUGAUGGAUUUAUUUAUUUACUUUAUCAAUUGUGUUAUCUAUCUCACAACCAAAAUAAUUCAUGAUACAAGGGCAGCAGUAAAGCAUCUGGAUUAUAAAUAAAAAUGUUUGUGGCCCUAAUGAAAUUAAUCAAAUGUACAACUAAAUAAAAAAAUCGUAAGCAACUUA